GAAAAGAGAGUUUUUUCUCAUCAUUUGCUAAGUUGUUAGUGAUUUCUAGCUAAGCUACACCUUCCUUGUGAAGGAAAGUCACAGUCAGCCUAUUGCCUGCAGUCACUGAGGCUUUAGGCAGGUUUUCUGUUAAUUCACUUUGGCAAGAAGCAACCAUUAGAUGACAGAUCUCUUAAAGGAAGGGGGGAGAGAGAAAGAGGAGAAAAAAAAAAAUCAACAACUUUAGAAAGAAAAAGAUAACCACCAUCAGAUAAGAGACCAAUCAGGGUAGGAGGGAGACAGAGGAAGACUUAGGUCUGCGAGUCCAGGAGCAGAGUGCAUCUGUCAGAUGUGCAAGUGUGAAAGACUUGCCGGGAACAGAGUAAAAAAGCAAUCGGAAUGUAUUAAGAAAGGGAACUGACACUGCUUUAUUUCAAGAAACUGAGCAGACUUCAGAAAAGUGACAGCAGAGAAAGGGCUGUGGAGAGAGACAACAGCCCUCACACAGAGACUCCCGGAGACAGCAGAAUCUAUAAUAACAAAAGUGGGCUAAGAAAAGCUUUAAAGGCAAAACUCAGUUCCAGAUCAUAAUCCUAAAGGAAAUCCCUUUUAUUUCUGAAGUGUGGUUUUCUCACUUCUAUAAUAGGAGGAUGCUGCAUUGUGUUAAAUACAACUUUCUUUUUCUGAUCUUCUGCUGGUGGCCAGUCAUCCAUGCACAGAAAUUCUCAGCUCUAACGUUUCUGAGAGUGGAUCAAGAUAAAGACAAAGAGUGCAGUUUGGAUUGUGCAGGUUCCCCCUCUAAAUCACUUUGUGCCUCUGAUGGAAGAACAUUCCUAUCCGUAUGUGAAUUUCAGCGAGCAAAAUGCAAAGAUUCUCAGCUCGAAAUUGCCUAUAGAGGAGUUUGUAAAGAUGUUUCCAGAUGUGUUGCUGAAAGGAAAUAUACUCAAGAGCAAGCCCGCAAAGAGUUUCAGCAAGUGUUUAUUCCUGAGUGUAAUGAAGAUGGGACAUACAGCCAGGUCCAGUGCCACAGUUAUACAGGAUAUUGCUGGUGUGUGUCUUCCAAUGGACGUCCAAUAAGUGGAACUGCUGUAUCUCAUAAAACUCCUAACUGCCCAGGGUCUAUAACCGAUAGACUACCCCAACGAGAAGGGGCAAGACGAUCUGACGAUGUUUCUGUCCCAGCAUUAGAAACACAACCCCAAGGUGACGAGGAGGAUUUUGCAUCUCGUUACCCUACAUUAUGGACAGAACAAGUCAAAAGCAGGCAAAACAGAACCCACAGAAAUUCAGCAUCAUCAUGUGACCAAGAACACCAAACAGCGUUAGAAGAAGCAAGGCAGCCUAAGAAUGAUAAUGUUUUCAUACCAGAAUGUGCUUAUGGUGGUCUGUACAAACCUGUGCAAUGUCAUCCAUCUACGGGAUAUUGCUGGUGUGUUCUUGUUGAUACAGGAAGACCCAUACCUGGUACAUCUACAAGAUAUGAACAACCAAAAUGUGACGGCAACGCUAGAGCACAUCCACCAAAAACAAAGGAUUUGUACAGAGGAAGACAGCUUCAAGGUUGUCCGGGAGCAAAAAAACAUGAAUUUCUUACAAGCGUCUUGGAUGCAUUAACUACAGAUAUGGUGCACGCAGUCUCUGACCUCUCUUCAUCUUCCAGUAGGAUUUCAGAACCAGAUCCAAACCAUACCUUAGAAGAAAGAGUUGUCCACUGGUAUUUCAAGCAACUUGAUAAAAAUUCAAAUGGUGACAUUGGAAAAAAGGAAAUUAAGCCUUUCAAGCGAUUGCUGCGGAAGAAAUCCAAACCCAAAAAAUGUGUGAAGAAGUUUGUAGAGUAUUGCGAUGUGAACAAUGAUAAAUCGAUAUCUGUUCAAGAAUUAAUGGGAUGCCUCGGAGUAACACAAGAAGAAGCACCAAAGAAUAAUGGAGAAAAUCCUUCCAACAAACAGCAAAUCUCUAAGAAGCAAGGAUGAAUGAUGAUAGAUCAUACAUUCAAUAACGCAUAUUUCAGAAGUGGACGCUCACCCUGUCAUGUAGGCAACAAUACAAUUGAUAGUAUUUGCACUUUGUACUUUAAAUGUAAAUUCACUUUGUAGAAUUGUGAUAUUUAAACAGACUUUUGAAUCUGUGAAACAUGAACUAAUUUUGAAAUUUAUCACAUACAAUGUAUGUGCUUUGUUCUCUGCUCUCAGUACCUGUUAAAGAUGUAAAAGUUUGCAAUUGAGCUUUUUUUUAGUCCAAUUUUCUUACUGAAAUUGAAUUUAGGUAAAUGCAUAUGUAUUUUUUUUUAAAUAAUACAGUAAUCAAUAUAUUUUUCAUAAACGUUUUUUUUAAUGUCAGCUGUGCUAGAAUUUCAUUGAAACCAGUAUUAGACAUUUUAGCUUAGUCAGUUUUAGGGUUAUACUUGUAAAUUCAUGCUAUAUUGCCAAUUUAGUAUAUUUGUCUUACUAAAUGAACAGAUGUCCUUUUUUUUGUGUGUGCCAUUAUUAUUACAAAUUUUAGUCAAUAAAGCCCUUAAUAAUGUAUUAAAGGAGAUGCUUUGAUAUAGGCUUUACAUGAUAUCUGCUUGAUUUGCUUUAUGCUAAUAAUAAAGGAUAUUUUCAUUUUUAUGCAUCAUUAUGUCAAUCAGUGCCAAAUUCAUAUGAACCACUGAGCAGAUUGUUUUCUCUGAUAAUGGCAACAAUAAAGUUUGUUUUCAUUUUGUAAACCAAAUCAACCAUAAACAUAGAAGGCCAGACAAUAGCUGAGUGCCUUGUCCUUUCAUUACACCUGGCUGAGAUUUAUUUUUCUCCUUUAUUUAAAAUUAGUGCACUCUUGGGUCAACUUGUAGCUAAAGCUAUCACCUAAACAAAUUAUGAACACUUGCCUUAAGAAGAGGCAACUAAUGUAACUCUUGCCUUGGGCAAACUUUUUACCAUCUGGGAGACGUUUAAACAGGCAUUAAUACCUUUUCCUUCAUUCCUUUUAAGGUGCCUUAAGGGACAAAGUAUUUGCAGAUGUGAACUUUAUAGCUUGAGUGCAUAAAAAAAGGUUUUUAAAACCUUGGACAUCAAUAAAUUAUACUAUGCUACAGCAGUGAUCAAUACUUUCAGACACAAAUGAUAGACAUUAAAAAUCUCUGGCUUUUUUUUUUAGAUUAUAUUAAAAAGGCAGUUGCACAUGUAGAAAAUAUUUAACAGCUAAGUCAUACUUAUGUUAACUCAGAAUAAAUCAAAGUUUUCAAAGCAAAAACAAUUUUGCUACAUUCUCAACCAAAAAAUAAAUAAAAAUUAAAUGAUUUAACCAACAGUAAAAAAUAUAUAUAUAAUUAAUUAAUAAUGAAAAGAAAAUCAAACAUUCUUAUAUGGUGGAUUUUUUUUUUUAUCAUGAUUAUGGAUCUUUUUUUAAAGUGGCAUACUUAAAUAUUAAUUUCUGUUCUGUUUCUAUUGUAUAUAUUUUAUGUAGAUUUCUGCAUUUAAACAUUUAUAGUUUCCCUAUUUUUUUGUGUUUUUAUUCCUGUACUAAAUAUGUUAAAAAAAAAAUGGUGACAUUUUAAAAAUAAUAAGUCAGUAUUGUUCACUGCAUUGAAUGUAUGUAAUUGUUAUGCUACUGUUAAAAACAGAUUAUGGAGAUUUGUAGUCCCGUUUUUUUUUUGUUUUGUUUUUUUUUAAGAAAAAUAAAAAUAAAAAGUUGUGUUUUUAAUGGCUUUUAUAAAAAGUAAAUGUUAUGUCAUGGAAUAUAAUUUUUUGUGUUUUCAUUUUGCCUCUGAAUAUGUGAUGUAAAAUUAAUGUAUCUGUAACACUAAACACUAAUCUCAAGUUAUUCCUUUACUUUGACAUUUUGUUUUUGAUAUUAAAUCGAAGAAAUAAAAUUUAGUGAAAAAUAUUUUUUUCACAUUUGGAUAAAUAUCACACAAAUAUCGUUAAGUAGUAUAUGAUACAACUAAAAUGGUGAGAUAUGUACACCUUUUAGGAAACUGACUAAAAAAGAGAAAACUAAAGCAUUCAUUCAUUAACAGUAUUUUGAUUGCCAGCCAUAAUUUUCAAAAUUAUAAAACUUCUACCAUUACUACCACACUUGAUACCAUACAUCUACAAAUCAAAGGAAAUUGGCAAUUCAGGUAGAGCAUGUAAGUUUAAGACACUUUUAAAUUCUUCUAUUUUCAAAUGUGCUUUAUUCUCUUGGUAUCCCCUGUUGAAAAAGAAUACAGACAUAUCAUACACUAGUGUUAGCUAGCUGCUGAUUGGUGCCUGCACAUAUUUGUCUCUUGUGAUUGGCUAACAAGAUGUGUUCAGCUAGCUGCCAGCAGUGCAAUGCUGUUCCCUAAAAAAAUAAUAGCAAGAGAAUGAAGCAAAUUUGAGAAUAGAAUUAAAUUGGAAAGUUGUUUAAAAUUGUAUGUUAUAUCCAAAUCAUGAAAAGAAAAUGUUGGGGGUCCUGUCCCUUUAAAGAUGUUUCUUUGUUCCCUCUAAAAGGGAACAUUUUAAAAAGUCUUAAAGUUCUUUUUUUAAAAAAAAAAAAUGAAUAUUUCUGUGCUGAUAACCAACAUGUUUUAUUUAAAUGCUUGCAGAACAUGUCAGGGUAUCCCAAUAUAUUUGUGGGAGCUAUCCUUAAUGACAUACAUACACCUUGUAAUUACAAGACAUUUCUGUUGUCUUUCUAUAAAGUAACUUGUAGUGUAAUUAUAUUUCAAUAAAUUAACACCCUCUUUGCUUCAA